AUGGCGGUCCCCGCACUCGCCUUCCCCAUGUUCCUGGCUGCCUCCCUGCUCACCGUCGCCGCUCCUGUGCUGGCUCGGAGCCCAUCUUGCCCUGAUGGUUGGCAAGCGGGCCCUGUUCAGAACAAAUGCUUCAUGUACAUAUCAACCUCCCUUUCUUGGGAUAGAUCCAAGGCUCUCUGCCAUAACUACAGCGGGCAUCUGGCUGCAUUAUCAUCAGUCCAGGAGCUAAACUUUGUGAAGUCUCUCUGUGGAUCAUCGUCCUCAGGAUGCUGGGUUGGAGGGCAUCACUACAACACCAAUACUGGUAAUGGUUGGAAAUGGUCUGAUGAUUCCUCUGUUUGGAACGAGACUGUCUUUCUUGGUGAGCCAUUGCGUGCCAACUGCAGUUAUCCUGCAUGCGAAGUAGCCACCAGCAAUGAUUUGUGUACUUUGGUGACCAGUGGUCGGGCUUCAAUUAUUAUUACUGAAAAAAGGUGCAGCGAGUCCCAUGGUCUGAUCUGCAUGAUGAAUCACGUGGACAGAUGCUACCAUGAUCACUGCCACAAGGAGUAUUUCAUCGCCAUUAUUGCUGUGAGUGGUUUCAUUCUGGCAACCACUCUAGCCGUUGUGGUUUGGCUGCUUGUCUACAGGCGAAGCAAGAAAAGAAGAAGAUCGCGAGAAGUGUUAAGUGCUUCAGCUGCCGCAUUGGUGGCACCACAAUGGAAAGUUUUCACUAGUGAAGAACUUAGAUCAAUCGCAAAGAACUUCAGCGAGGGAAACAGGCUUCCUGGUAACGCAAAGACAGGCGGAACCUAUAGUGGAAUCUUACCAGAUGGAUCCAAAGUAGCAAUCAAGAGACUUAAGAGAUCCAGCCUGCAAAGGAAAAAGGACUUCUACUCUGAGAUUCGGAGAGUUGCAAAGCUGUAUCAUCCUAAUUUGGUGGCUGUAAAAGGAUGUUGUUAUGAUCAUGAUUCUUGCACGACAAGGAACGAGUUGACAACAAAGAGCGGCGUCUACAGCUUUGGUGUGCUUCUCCUAGAAAUUAUCAGCGGUCGUCGCCCUGCACAGUCAGUUGAGUCUGUUGGGUGGCAGACCAUAUUUGAAUGGGCAACUCCUCUAGUGCAGUCUCACCGCUAUCUUGAUCUGCUAGAUCCACAUCCAGGAAUUGCGGAUACAGGAGUUAUCCAGAAGGUUGUCGAUCUUGUCUACUCCUGCACCCAACAUGUUCCUUCAGUGCGCCAAAGGAUGUCGCAUGUUGUGCAUCAACUACAGCAGCUUGAACUGAAGUCUGCAGCGUCUGAGCAGCAGCUAAGGAAGCGGGACAAGCACCAGCGCAACAUCUCCAAUGUUGCCAUUGGAGGUCCGGACUCCGCGCUGAAAUCCACUGCCAGAAAUUGA